GAUAUACAACAUAUAUUUACUCCUGGAGAACGGGAGUAUGUUCUCCUCAAACCAACCUUGUUCUAACAUAAACAAAACCAAGUAGUAUACCCCUAGGUGUGAUGAAGCUAGGGUGAAGUGAAAAAUGAAAUGACAGGAAAGUGUUAAAGCUAAAAUCUGGCAAGUUAUCUGACUGCAUUAUUCUUCGGCCUCGGCAUUUCCAAUACUAAGCCUGAUAUAACCAUCCCUUGAUGUAUGAGUUGAGUAUUUGUCCUACAGACUCUUAAACCAUUAACAAAUAUCAAUCCUAAGAUGAGUGCAUGUCUAAACCAGACUUAGAACCCCAAAAAAUCGAAAAAAAAUUCUCACCGAUAAAAUUAGACACAGUUUUAGUCUUAAUCCUCAACAGAACCUUUGUUUUACCAACACCAAAACAAGAACCAGAACCAGAACCAAAAUCAGAACUCUAAGAACCCCUGUAUAGUGACCCCUCUGUAACCCCGGAUUACGAAAGUUGUUUAAAAAUCCUUUAUGAAAAUAAUGAAGCUGUCUGUAGAUCAAAACUUCAGCAUGAUAUAAAAGGAUAAGGAUGGAUUUGUAUGGUUUUGAGUUUACAUGAGGAGUAUCCUUGAUGUUUAGAGUUUAGAGUCAGGUUCAAGGGUUCUCCAGGUUCUACAUAUAGUACUACAGGGCUGGCUGGUAUACCUGAAGGGGUUCGGGUUGAGGAGGAGAAGCUAGGUGGACAGGGGAAUAGAAUUAACCGAGGUCUUGCAGGGAAUGAGUGUAUCAAGGAGGGCGAGCUUUGCAGCCGGAAUCGCGGCGGUUAGGCGAGAACGUCACAGGAAACGAAAAGAAAUGGCGAAAGAUGAGAUAACAGAAUAUGAGGAAGGGGAACCUGAUCCUCUAGACUGUAAUCAUAUCUCAGUUGUUCCUGGGCAAACCCUGAACCCGGAGCCGGAGAAUACCAAUCCAAAAAAAGACAAGCUUGUGAAAGUGAAACCUCGAAUACAGCCUGAGAUCCGACCUUUUACUAAAGAGUCACUGGAGAAGAUAAAUCUCAGAACUGCGAACCUAAUCCGAGAUUAUGGUUUCCUACCUAAACGAGCUCCGCACCUGGAGGAUGGAGCAGAACUCCCGGGAAAGUUCGAACCCUUCCCUUCAUGUUUACUCGGCAAACCAGUAGAGGAAAUAGAUACUGUCGUUUAUGAAAAGACCUUCUGUGUUGUAUCUCGAAGAUUUCAGAAACCCUUUAUACAAAGGUUUUCAGCCACUAACUCUCUAUUCAUUUUUCCUCCCUGGAACUGCCUCCGUGGACUGGCAAUCUAUGUAUCCGUGAACCAGUAUUUUGAUUACCUUGUGAUGCUCACUAUUCUCGCUAACUGCGCUUUCCUCGCUAUGACGGAACCCAUCAACGAGGCAGAGUUUGUUUUUCUUGGAAUUUAUUCUGUUGAAAUGGUGAUAAAGGUUUGCGAUCAUGACAUCAUCAAGCUUCAAAGAUGUAAGGAUUAUAAAAAUAGAGGACGUGACGAGUAUUCAAUUUAUUUAUUAAUGGGAUACCUCACUACCUUCGUUGAGAUGGGAAACUUUGCAGGCUUGAGAACUUUUAGGGUUCUGAGAGCUCUUAAAUCUGUUUCAAUCAUGCCAGGAUUGAAGACAAUCAUUAACGCUCUGUUGCACUCUGUGAAGCAGUUGGCGGAGGUCAUGACCUUGACAAUAUUCUGCCUCAUGGUCUUUGCACUCUUCGCCCUUCAGGUGUAUAUGGGUCAGCUACGGAAUAAAUGUGUACUUGAUGUACCUGCUACUGCUAACUGGAGCUUAUGGACAAACAAUGAGAGAAACUGGUUUCUUAAAGAAGGAGUUCCAGAACUAUGUGGGAAUGCUAGUGGAGCAAGAUCGUGUCCCCACGGUUACACCUGUCUGGGGAGUAUAGGCGGAAAUCCCAACUUUGGAUUUACAAGUUUUGACAAUCUGCUCUGGUCUAUGCUGACAACAUUCCAACUUAUCACACUGGACUACUGGGAGAACGUUUACAACAUGGUAGUUGCAACUGGUGGACCAAUACAUGUAAUCUUCUUUACAAUUGUCGUCUUCUUCGGAUCCUUCUAUCUCAUCAACCUCAUGCUAGCUGUCGUAGCCAUGAGCUACGAGGAGGAAGCCGACCUUAUGAAUGCGGAACGAGCAAGAGAAGCAGAUGAAGCUGCUCAGCAUAAGAAAAAAGAGGUUACAGACGAGUGUACUAUAAGAACCAACUCUCCAAAGUUUCCCCAAGAGUCGGACCACUGUUGUGGACAAUGUACAAAAAAUGAAAAUGUUGCUGCAGCAAAAAAUAAAGAGAAAGAGAAGAAGGAUGAGAAGGAGAAGGAAAGAUAUCUAGUGGUACGAGCAGGUCAACCUGGAUCUGCUCUUCAACCUGUAGAUCUACAGAAUACAGAUUCAGCUCAUCUUGCUCCUAACUAUCAGACCAAGUAUAAUAUGACCCGGGAGGGAGCUGGUCUCUCUCCUACAUCAUCUACUGCUCAUCAUAGCUUCUCAGAGUACAGUUCUAGCAGGGAUACGUCUGUAAAUGAUAGCGGUGUUGUAGGGGAUCACGAUCAGGAUAGUUUGUACGAUCUUACGAUCGGGAAUGUCGAGAUUAUCAACUGUAAAGAGAAGGAGAGAAAACCCAGCAAAAUAGAUAUUCCGUUCAUAGUUUCUAUAGAGACAGGAAAUGACAGGAACUGCUCCGGAUGUCAUUACUGCUGCCUUGAUUACAAAUGCUGGCUGAGAGCUCAGGAAUGUCUGUUCAAGGUGAUAAAUGAUCCUAUAUUCGACCUUGUAGUUACUCUUUGUAUCAUCUUGAACACUGUGUUCCUGGCUGUAGAACAUCAUGGUAUGAGUGUAGAUCUUCAAUACGUCCUUGAUAUGGGAAAUAAGGUUUUUACAUCUUUCUUCCUACUGGAGGCAAUACUCAAGGUUACAGCACUUAGUAAAGAAUAUUUCGGGAAUGGCUGGAACAUAUUUGAUCUGACGAUAGUAGUUGCCAGUAUAGUGGAUUUAGGCCUGGAGAGUGUGGAUGGAAUAUCAGUUCUAAGAGGAAUGCGCUUGAUGAGAGUUCUAAAGCUAGCGCAGUCCUGGACUACAAUGAAGGUUCUCCUGAGUAUUAUUAUCUCUACCCUGGGGGCCCUGGGAAACCUGACCUUCAUCCUCCUAAUCGUCAUCUACAUCUUCGCAGUCCUAGGGAUGCAGCUCUUUGGGAAGGAUUAUAGUGUUGAAAACUUUGCUCCUGAUCCCAUUCCCAGAUGGAAUUUCACGGAUUUCUUUCAUUCUUUUAUGAUGAUUUUCCGUAUUCUGUGUGGAGAAUGGAUAGAACCUCUGUGGGAUUGUAUGCGAGUAGAAGCUAAAGUUGGUGCUCCUGAGUCCUGCUUGGCAAUAUUCCUCCCUGCCCUUGUUAUGGGUAACUUUAUGGUUCUAAACCUCUUCCUUGCUCUCCUCCUUAAUAGUUUCAAUUGCGAGGAACUUAAAUCUAGGAAAGAGGAGGUUCAAACAGAGGAGAAAUCUGUGGUUACGGAGAAAUUAGAUCGGUUCAAAGCCAAAAUUAGAGCUAAACAGUCGGCUUUAAGAGUUAAAGUCGGACUACCCUCCCUAGAGAGCGGGACGAAAUUUGCAUCCAAUGGUUCUCUUCUUUCUCAGAACGGAAUCAAGUUUUCUUCUGAACCUGAACUUGCAAACAAGGAUGAAGAGUUAAAAACAGGAAAUCUGCCAGAAAUUGAUGGUUACAGGAACUUCAAAGAACCAGGAGAAGAGGAUGAUGGUGAGGGUAGUUUAGUGGAAGCAGAACUCAAUAUCAGAUCAAUGUCAGAACGGGAUAUCAACGUUUUAUGUGAGAAGUCUCGAAGCUUGACAUUUACUCAUCAGAGUAGCGUUGUUACUGAUCCAAUGAUCCAUAAUGGUCCUGAACCAUGUUGUCCUGAGAUCUGCCUUAAAAUUUUCAGUUUAUCUUUGUGCUUCGAGGAUAUCAACCUGCAGGACAACGAGGAACUCAAGUUUAUCUUGAAGAUCGUGAACCUCGUGUUUGCUGUUCUCUUCACCGUCGAGAUGUUCCUCAAGUGGGUCGCCUUCGGACUCUUCAGAUACUUCUCUAGCGUGUGGACUUGUCUCGACUUCGUCAUUGUUUGCGUAUCUGUGAUCAGCCUGAUGGUUGAGGGAAACUCAAACCUCACCGCGUUCAGGUCUCUUAGAACCUUGAGAGCACUCCGACCUCUCAGAGCAAUCUCUAGGUGGCAGGGAAUGAAGAUUGUUGUGAAUGCCCUGAUGUACGCUAUCCCGUCUAUCUUUAACGUGCUGUUGGUGUGCCUGGUGUUCUGGUUGAUAUUCUCUAUUAUGGGAGUUCAGUUCUUUGGAGGAAAAUUCUACAAAUGUCUGGACGGGAACGGUGAGCUACUAGCGACCUCUAUAGUGAAUGACCGAUGGGAGUGUGCUGAGAAAAACUAUACAUGGGUCAACUCUAAAAUCACAUUUGACCAUGUUGGUCACGCUUAUCUCGCCUUAUUCCAAGUGGCAACGUUUGAAGGAUGGAUUGAGAUAAUGGCGGAUGCAGUUGAUGCCCGUGAGGUGGAUCUUCAACCUGAGCGCGAAGCGUCCUUAUACAACUACUUCUACUUCGUGAUAUUCAUCGUGUGCGGGUCCUUCUUCACCCUCAACCUGUUCAUCGGGGUCAUCAUUGACAACUUCAACAUGCUCAAGAAGAAGGUUAUUAUUAUUAUUAUUAAUCCCCAGUACGAGGGUGGUGUUCUUGAAAUGUUCCUAACAGAAUCUCAAAAACAUUACUACACUGCAAUGAAAAAAUUAGGAAGAAAGAAACCUCAAAAAGUUAUCAAACGUCCUCAGAACCCCUAUCAUGCAUUAUUCUACGACAUAUCAG